UAAUCUCACAAAAAGUACACACCUAUAGAACCCUAUGUAUAUACAAUGACACAACACAACAGUGUGCAUGUAAAAUAUUUCUUCUUCACAUCACACGCCAAUCUUUUACCCCUUUAUGUAACUCUUGUUUCUUUUCAACUUACCAACUUGUUUUAAAUUUAGCUAAAAAAGCUAUAAUGUUUCUUUCUGUGCUGCUAUAGCCUAUAUCAACAACACUACAACAGAAGAGAGAGAGUUUUUUUUGCAGUGAUUCAGAUAAAUGAUCAGAGAGAGAGUGAAAAGAUGGGCCCUCUAAAGCCUGAUACAGAAAUGAGUGGCACUGCACAUAACACUAUACACUGUGUCUUCUCUCUCUUUCCUUCUUUUACUUCUUUCUGGUUUUUCUUUCUUCUUCUAUCUCAUUCAUCUCCUUCUAUAUGCAUAGGUGCAUAACUUUCUCUCUCACUCUCUUGAAUGCUUUUGUUUUUCUUGAGGUUCUCAGAGUACAAGGCAACUAUAAAUCUUGCAAACAAGUUGUCAAAUGUUUGGAAUUUGAAAGGUUUUUGAAGGUUUAUGUGAAGUUUAUAUGGUAGCAUUGCUUGAUUUUGGAGGGUGGUAACUCUUAUUCCUAUGCUUUAUUAGGAAAAGCAUAUUCUAAAUUGUUUCAUCAAUGGAGAAUGAUGUGUACAAUGCUCAAAUGAACAUGUCUGGUCAAAUUUCAUCUGUCAUAGAAGAUAUCACACAUCAUCUAACACAAAAGCCACUCAUUCAUCAUUGCUAUUCAUUUGAUCUUAACAACCAAAACAUUAUUAAUGGAAUUCCAAUACUUUCCGGAGAACAAAAUCAAGAACAACAACAUGUAAGUAAUAAUAACCAUGUUGAUGUUGGUAGCACUAGCGGCUUCAUGAAUCAUCAAACCAUUGCUGAUUCUACUUCAUUUGUUUCAUCACAACAAGGAAGGACUAUUGUGGUGAAUCCCCCGAAUCCCUCAAAUCUCGUUGUUAACAAUGAAUUUCAAGAUAAUUUAGAAGCUAUGGUUCCUUACAUGUUCAAUAAUUGGCAUGAUACUUCAAGUUCAAACCCUUUAUGUGCAACUUUUGGUCAUAAUAAUAAUAGCUAUGUUAACAAGUUUAUGAAAGCUCAUGAGGGUAAUGAUGGAACUGAAUUCAUGUCGUAUUCGACGAUAGCGAACAUUGAUCCGAAUGGAUGGCAAUCAUCAAAUCUUGCUUAUAGUUCAUCUAAUUGUAGCAAUGAGCUUUCGCUAAGUCUUGCAACAUCUCCGAAUUCAGGUCAGUGUUCGGAGAUUAGUUGCUCUGACUUGACUCAUAGCAUGAAUGGAACAAGAUCAGGCUUGGAACAAGCUUCUUGUAGUAGUAUGGAACUUUCUAUGAGUUUAGGUAACGAUAAACAUGUUAAAUUCUCGCCGGCGUUAUUAGGAUCGAGAUACCUUGCUGUCAUUCAGGAGAUACUUGUUCAGAUUGCUACUUUUUCUUUUGAAAAUCUAGAUGAGAUAAGUUACUCAGGUUCUGGUGUUAGAGGGCAAGGAAAUAAAUCAAGUUCGACGAACACAACCAAGAGGAGGAUAGGACUAAACUGCGAUGCGAAUUCUAAGUCGGAAGCGUAUGCUGAUUCUUCGUUGCAAAGGCAAGCUGCUGAAUCAAAGAAAUCACAACUUCUAAUGCUUCUACAGCUGGUGGAUAAUCAAUACAGUCAAUGUUUGGAUGAGGUUCACACUGUUGUAUCUGCAUUUCAUGCUGCUACUGAGCUGGAUCCACAUAUACAUGCACAUUUUGCUGUCAAAACGGUUUCUCGACUCUACAAGGAUUUGAGAGAGAGGAUAAGCAAUCAAAUUCUUGCCAUGGGAUCGAAUUUCAAUAGCUCGCGUUCGGAAGAGGAUAAGGAAUUGUCUUUAGAAACUUCAUUCAUUCAGAAGCAAUGGGCUCUACAACAGCUGAAAAGGAAGGAUCAGUUAUGGAGACCUCAAAGAGGCUUGCCAGAAAGAUCUGUUUCCGUCCUACGCGAUUGGAUGUUUCAGAAUUUCCUCCAUCCGUAUCCUAAAGAUGCGGAGAAGCAUUUACUUGCGAUAAAAAGUGGAUUGACGAGAAGUCAGGUAUCUAACUGGUUUAUAAAUGCGCGUGUUCGGCUAUGGAAACCUUUGAUUGAGGAAAUGUAUGCUGAAAUGAAUAGAAGAAAAGCUUGUAGAAAUGAAGGAGAAAAUGAGAGCAGUGAAAGAAGCAGGAUAAGCAUAAACAAUCAAAUGUUUAAUAUCAAUUGAAGGUGUAGAGAGUAACAUAUGUAGCAGAAUCUAUUGUUUUUAAUUUUGGAUCAUGUAAGAAACACAAAACAUGAAUUGUGCAUAAUGCUCUACUUAGUGAAGCAUUACUAUUUAUGAAGAGUUACAAUUCUCCUGAAAAACAUGUUUGUGAUUUCAACAUUAGGAAACUCGAGUCGAAAAUGGUCAACUGGGUCGCUCAUGGUGGGACGGAAGAAUUCCUAUUUAAGUAGCAAAUUAAUCAUUGGUUUAUUAUAACCAUAUUAUCAUUAUCAUGUUAUAAAGGCAUUAGGUCCCCUAUCCUUAGCAAAAGGGGCACAUGACCUUGACAAGUGGUUGCAAGUUUGAAAAUGUUAAGAUAUGAUCUUUACUA